AGGUCAACAAUGAAGUCGUUGAUGGUGGUGUUCCUGGCCUUAGCACUGCUUGCAAGCAACAUAGUCCCUCUCUGUGGUCUUGCUAUGGAGGGUCACCUAGUCCACAUGGGAAGUUGCAAAUGCCAGAAGCACACCUCCACGGCCUUUGGCCCGAAACAGAUCCAAUCCAUUCAAGUCAUUCCCAAAGGAAUACAGUGCGGGAGGACAGAAAUAAUAUUAACCCUGAAAAGCAAAUGGCAGGUCUGUGUGGCACCUACUGCCCAGUGGGUGCAGAAAUUGCUGAAGAGGCUGAUAAAGAGCAGCCAGUGACCGCAAAUGGGAGUCUUCCUGAAGGUGGAAAAAUGCACAAGGAGCCCGAAGAAACAGUGAUGCAGUGCUGCCCUGUUGUCAUGCUUUCUAUCUUGUAAUUAUAUAUAUAUAUAUUCAAAACCACACUUUAAAACCACUGUGCCCUUCUGAGAUGGUUGAACGGUGGACAUCAGUGACUGCUUUGGCUCA